CGAUAUUUUAUCUUGCAAACAAUAUUACUUACCGAGUAUCUUGUCAUUUCAACGUAUUUUAAAUAUUACAAUGCAAGCACUAGUCAGCGUGCUGGCAGCUGUUGCGCUGCUCAGUGCAAGUUGUAUCGCCGAUACCAACACAACGGCACCCGCGUCUACGUCAGAGUUUAGCGUGCUGGGCAGCACUCCCGCUGUCGAAUUGACCAUUGCCAGCUCGUCAGCAUGGAAACUUAGCAACACUAGUGACAGCGCUAUCAAUAAUGCCGUUGUCGCCAUCACGACCGCCACAUUCACAACCGAGAAGUCCUUAUGGUCUUCAUCAUCGUCAUCGUCAUCAAUGACACAAUCCACUCCUCGCGGACCGCGGUUCAGCUGUCUCUAUGCUGAUGGCGCUAGCGAGCUCUACUCUGAGCAGAUUGAUGGCAGAAGUACUGUUUUUAAGUGCCUGAUGGGCACCAAAUGCUAUCAGACCGGCGGCGAACAAGCCGAAAUUAGGUGUGCGUAUCCAGAAAACCAGGACUCCUCAGUCACCACCUCUGACUCGGACAGGGCCAUUGGUUCGGCCGUUGAUACCACUUUCAACAUGCAGACGACGGAUCAGCUGGGUCAGAACGAGCUGGGCUUCCACAACAACCGGUAUAUCCAAGCUCCGCCCACAAGCCAGCCAAGCCCUUUUUUGAUGCCAGCAGGGUUCCGUACCAACGAGCAAUCCCAGAUCAUUCCCACGUCAUCUGAACCCCGUGUUCUGUCAGUCAACAUCAUUUUGCCAACCAUCGCCAUCAGGUUUACUGACGAUAUGAACGCACGCAAUAUCAUAACCGUAUUAUCUGUCGACCCUAUGUUCGACGUGAUGGCAGAGCUCGCUCCGGCCAUCGAUUCACUGGCCACAUUCGCGCCAUUACCGAUUGCAGACUGGACAACAUCCGCACCAACGCCGUCUGCCAAGGCUAGCAAGCUGCUGCCGAUAUUUAGUGUCGCUGAUGACACUUCUGUACAACGGCGCGACAGAAUGGAGAUGUUGGUCGCUGGCAUGCAGACUACUAUUUUGAUUGACGAGCCCGAUUUUUCUCAGUCCCUUGUUACUUUCGCUCUUGAAAAAGGCCCAACGACAACCAAUGUACAAAGACACGAGAUUACGAUUGACGACUUUGAUCUUGCGGGGAUUUUGAGGAUAACUAAGCUGGCGGCGAUGGCCGCCGAGUUGCUCAAGCAAUCGAGUACAUACAUAACCCCACAGUUGCAGCUUGCACGGACAGAGCCGUAUACAUUUGAGCGUCCCGCGCAGACUAUCCCUACAUUUGCCCCGAUGCCGCCUCUGCCGCCUCCAACUCCAACUCCAACUCCAACCCUAGCCCCUGUUCCAGCAAUUCCAAGCCUUGCACCGCAAAUUCAACAGCCGAGGUAUCCACUGUCGCCGGUUGCUCCGAAACCGCAGGUCGCACUGAGACCACAUUAUUUUUCAAGACCGCAAGUAGUACCUAGACCAUUCCCAGCGCCGAGGCCAUCUUUCCAGCCGCAGCAAUGGUCCCAGCUGCCGCCAUAUUCAAAAGAGUACCUGCAGGCACAUUCUGGACAACGUGGAUCGGGGCCGCUUAUGUUUUCUCAGGCGUCCAGCAUCUCCAUUGUAUUGCCUGAUACUGAAACGGCACCCACACCCGUGAAGGCACAGGGUUAUCCACCCCAGUCUUUGCCGGUCCCGCAGUUGAAUGUUGCUGUAGACAACCGACCCAAUCAGUUGCCGCCCGGGUUCGAAUCGGCUUUGAUGACCUUGGUGCACCCAAACAAUUCGCCACAGGUGAACAUAGUUACAUCGUCAUCGCCUUAUAACGUGGCCCUGUCUGCGAGCGCCCGCCAUCCUGUCUCCAGUAUCACUGUACGCGCCGAUGGUAACGACCAGCCAUUCAAUCUACAGGACAACAAGGGCCAGCUCUUCACACCAAUAAUCCCGUUUAUUUCCGACGGCACUACAAAGGAUGUCCCAACGCCAAAACCCACACAUUCCAAAAAGCCAAAGGAUGAAAUUAACGCCAGCGGCAUUGCCAGCAUUUUGCAGAGCGUAUUCCACAUCCCUGCCAGCGCCAUUUCCAUUGAUGGUAGGCCUCUUCUUGCCGAGAGCACGUCCCCCGACAGUAGAGUCAAUGGGAAGGACAGCGACGACGAGGUUGACAAUGAGGAAGUUGAGGAGGAGAGCGAGAAUAUUGACAUGGACGCCGAAGAUCGGGGCCGGGAUCUGGAACAAGAACUAAGGAGUCGUCUUGGCAUUUCGGAGGAUCAGGAUGGGAAAAGCAGCCGGAUCCGCGCCCACAUCAAGCUUGUCAAUCAAAACUCUGAGAACAAGGGCAGGGCCAGCACUUGGGCGUCCGGACAUAACAGAUUUGCGGACAACGGCGACAAUGCCAAUGAGGUAAUUUUACCCACAGCUGCCACUCGAUUUGCAGUAACAGCCAACGAAACAGCGCGGAGGACAGUGCAGCUGGUAGAACAAAUGCCAUCAAGUGAGGUUACUGGGAAGAGUACCAUUAGCCUCUUGUUAACAAGUGAUUACAGCGCCGGGUUUGUCACCAACAUCUACACUCACGAGGGCAUGGACUUUGGUGCCAAUUCCGAUGUGGAGUUUGAAAGCGACAGCGACGAUAAUACCAAUUAA